GCCGGCGCCGCCCCGGACGUGGCGUGGGGAUGGCGGCGCAGGGGCCUGGCGGCCGCUGUGCCCCAACGCUGCUGCUGCUGCUUGGCCUGGCCGCGCUCGCCCUCCCGCCGUCGCUCGCCGCCGCCUCCGAGCCGCCGCCCGCCGCCCUCCGCGCUGGCCACGCCGCCUCCUCGCUGCCCGCCACCGCUGCCGCCUCGCGCACCAGAUACCUUUUAUAUGAUGUAAACCCCCCUGAAGGGUUCAACCUUCGCAGAGAUGUCUACAUUCGCAUUGCUUCCCUUCUAAAGACCCUGCGGAAAACUGAAAACUGGGUGUUGGUUCUGCCUCCCUGGGGACGUCUUUAUCACUGGCAGAGCCCCGAUAUCCUCCAGGUCCGGAUUGCUUGGUCCGAAUUCUUUGAUAUCCCAAGCCUCAACAAGAACAUCCCUGUCAUCGAAUAUGAGCAGUUCCUUGCAGAGUCAGGUGGGCCCUUUAUUGAACAGGUUUAUGUGCUACAAGGCUACGCAGAAGGAUGGAAAGAAGGAACAUGGGAAGAAAAAAUAGAUGAAAAACCAUGCAUUGAUCAGCUGAUGUACUCCAAAGACAAACAUGGCUACUACAGGGGCUGGUUCUGGGGUUAUGAGGAAACACGAGGCCUAAAUGCCUCUUGCUUGUCUGUCCAAGGAUCUGCCUCUAUUGUGGCUCCCAUCCUUCUGAAGAACACUUCAGCACAGUCAGUGAUGUUAGACAGAGCUGAAAACCUUCUUCAUGACCACUACGGAGGGAAAGAUUAUUGGAAUACCCGUCGGAGCAUGGUGUUUGCUAAACACCUCCGUGUGGUGGGAGACAAGUUUAGGAAGAAAUACCUUCAAUCCACUGAUGAGGCAGACAGGACUCAGUACAAGGAGGACUGGACACAUAUGAAGGUUAAGACAGGCACAGCUCUAGGUGGCCCAUACCUUGGGGUACAUCUCAGAAGGAGAGACUUCAUUUGGGGUCACAGAGAAGACGUGCCUUCCCUGCAAGGAGCAGUAAAGAAAAUCCACAGCCUCUUGGAGACGCUUAAACUUGAAAAAGUUUUUGUAGCUACUGAUGCUGUUGAGGAAGAGAUUGAACUGCUCAAGAAACUGCUGCCUGAGAUGGUGAGGUUUGAACCCUCUCUGGAGGAGCUGCAACUCUAUAAGGAUGGGGGCUUAGCUGUGAUUGACCAGUGGAUUUGUGCACAUGCAAGGUAUUUUAUAGGCACCUCUGUUUCAACAUUUUCCUUCCGAAUCCAUGAGGAAAGGGAGAUCUUGGGAUUUGAUCCAAAAACAACUUACAACCGAUUCUGUGGUGAAACAGAGAAAAACUGUGAGCAGCCAGCUCACUGGAAAAUUGUAUAUUAAACACAGAGAAACAUAAAGGUUUUGAUACUGUUA